UCUUUGCAAGCAGCAAACUGUAUCAAGCCCUGUCUCUCAUUAUUAAAUAAGCUUUCAACAAGCAAAUGAAUAAACCAAGAUAUUAAACAAGCAAGAAUGUUUCAUACUGAUUUAAAGGUGCCCAACUACAUAUAUUUGUGUUAACAGAAUUCAAUGUACCACUCAGACUAAAAGGACGGUGAUUAAUGAGAAUGGAAUGAAUCAUGAGUAGUUCAUGAACUUCAGUGUGAGCUGAAGGCCAAAACCCUUCUAUACCAGCAAAGUCACGUGCUGUCCAAACAGUUUACAGACGAUCAAUCUGCUUUCUUCCCUGAUGUCAUUACCACGUUGUUUUGCUGAUCAAGUUUCGCUUAAAUUGAAUUCUACUUUCUCAUAUGAUGUAAACUGUUGAGGUUUACACCCUCUAUCAUUCAGUGUAAAAUAAGAUCACAUUAUGCUUUCAUAUGGAUGAAUCCUCUCCACCUGCCUUUCCCUUAGUUUUAUUAUUUGUUCCCAUCCAUCUCGUAUGUGAGACAAACCAGGUCCUGCUGACCAGCUCCUGCUGUCCGGUGUGGGAGGGGUUUCUCACUACAGGAAGAGGUCAUUCAUUCAUUAAGCGAAGCCCUCGUCGGUUGAAAUCAGAGAAUCACAGAUCCGGUCUUGACCUACAGAAGAGACACACACUCGACACAAAGCUGCUCCAACACACACAAACAAACAAACACACACGGCUGCAGAUAUGAUGCACCUGGCUUUUCUCCUCCUGAUCAUCUUCACAGAUGGCUCGUCCUCCCAGAAGGUGUGUAGCUACCAGGAUGUAGUGGAGUACCUGAACCUCACUGCAGACAACAGUGUGUUCAGAAUGACCCGACCCGUUCUGGACCACAAACGCCCCACGGUGGUGCAGCUGGACAUCAUCCUCUUUGCCCUCCUGGCUGUGAUUGAGAAAACGCAAACCUUUGUUCCUUUUGUCUGGGUAAUAAUGAAGUGGAACAAUGAACGCAUCUCAUGGGACCCGGCUCACUUUUGUGGAAUCACUCAGAUUUCCAUUCCUAAGGAAAUGCUCUGGAAACCAGACCUCUUUAUCUAUGAAAUAUUCGUGUCUUUCCGGUAUUCCAACUCGUCUCGGGCCACCCAGUUUUCCCGAGAGGUGAUAAGGACUCAGGGAGAGUGGGAGUUCCUCCAACUGACCGUAACCAGUCAAAAUUUCACCAUAGACAAUAAACAGUGGGAAUAUCUCAUAUACACUUUCACCAUGAAGAGGAGGCCACUUCUCCACGUCACCAACUUCCUGUUGCCCAUCCUGUUCUUCCUGAUUCUGGACCUCGCCUCCUUCUUCAUCGAAGACCGCCGAGGAGAGAAGCUGGGCUUCAAAGUCACCAUACUGCUGGCCAUCUCCGUCCUGCUGCUCAUCCUCAAUGACAUCCUGCCCUCCAUGUCCAACAAGACUCCCCUCAUAGCCACCUACUGCGUCGUGAUUUUCGCUCUGAUGCUGCUCAGCCUGCUGGAGACCAUCUUGGUUACAUAUUUCAUGGAGAAAGACUGUGCCUCCAAGGAGAAGAUCAGGCUGAGGGAAAACAGGGAGAACAAGCAGGACACCUUCAUCACAGGUGAGACGCAGAUCUUAUUGAAAGCUUGUUAAUUGGAAACAUCUGGAGGAACUUAUUUCUGUUUUUCAGUCGUAAUUUACAUCCUUGAGGUAAUUUAGGCCUUGACAGCUUUUCUAGAUCAGCUAUUUCCUUAUAAAUCCACAUCCUUUGUGGGCCCUCGUUGACUUAUGACUACGGAUGUUUUCUCUUUUGC